GAAAAUUGCAUAGCUCUGAAUAAACAUCUUGUCUUGGACCCUAAGGCAGGGGGUGGAGUGUUUUACGAAAAAAAGAAAGACCAAUUGAUGCAAUCACAGGACCCAAAUCGCAUCGACGAGGUGGACCUUUUUUGCUGUGAGGGCUGGGACACCUUCCCAAGUAGGGACAUGCCAGCCAGCUUUAAUUUUGGAAGCAUCUUCCACUAUCUUGAAGAGACAAUGCCUCAACUUGGUGAUAUCCUUAGGCAGACUGAAGAUAGAGAAAGUGAUAGAGAGUCUGGUGAUGAAGCCUGUGAUAUUGUAGAAGAGGAAAUUGUGGUGCUCCAGGACCCAUUUGAGGAUGAUGAGAAAGCAGAGAUAAAAUGUAGCAAAAAGCUGCGCAGAGGGUUACUGUAUGUCAAAAGUGGACAUGUCCGCAACAUUCAGGACAACUUACCUGGUCGCAUACAUUUAUACAAAGCUCAAGUUAGAGCAUCAAUGAGGGAGAAAGCCUACAUGGUAAAAGUGGCACUAUCACAAGUUUCAGGUAGUAUCGUGAAGUGUAUCUGUGACCAGGCAUGCCCACAGAGGGCUUUAGGAAGGUGCAGUCAUAUCAGUGCCUUAUUAUUCUCCCUCCUGAUACAUAAGAAUUUGAAUGGGCCAGGAGGUAAGUUGUUGGUUUGGUUAAUACAGGACAUAGCAGGCAAGUAA